AUGGCGUCUUCAGCCCCUGCAACACAACCUCCAAUAGACCCCGCGCCAAAGCCAUCAACAGUACCACAACUAUCCCUUGAUAUCAUCUACAAUAUCGGUCUUGCUGUAGUUGGAGACCCUUUCGAGCAAGCCAGGCUCUAUGCGAAGCAUGAUGGCGAUCCAGAAUACCUUCCAGACCGCACCACUCUUUACCGCCUGACCUACCUCUCCAAAGCUACCAAAGGUGUCUUGGAGCCUCUUCUUUACCGGCACUUCAUUUUCACCACACCUCAGGGUGUCAUGAGCACUUUUAUCACCCUGAUCCAAAGACCUGAGCUUCGCCAGCAUGCUCAGUACAUUGCGUCUUUCAGUCCCUUGUCAGGUCCCGGUGUUAGAAAGAGGGAGCUGCCCAAGUGUAAGAAACUCUGGUCUAAGCGGUGUCCUUCUGACAAACCUGCCUUGAUGCGUCUCCUCGACGGCGCUGGUCUCCACAACCUCGCUUGGUCGGCUUGUAUGCUUGAGAGAACAAAGCAACGCUUCAUGUUUUCUCCCGAUUUCAAGCAUGAUGGUAUACUGGAGAUCAUGUUUGCUGCUAUCCUCUUCCUUACACCAAACGUCACUACAUUCAUGUGGCGUGAUAUGAAUACCAACCCCAAGGCCUUUAUCUUAGACCACAUCAUGGAUGAGGCAGUCAAAAGUGGCAUUCCCCUAAUGCCCAAGCUUCAACACCUAAAUACGGAAAAGUCGGCAUUCGUCGAGGCCAAACAAGCACAGUUCUUCACUCCUCACGUCAAUAUGUGGGAUGACCUGCAUACUCUCGUUCUCAACGAUGUCGACCUGGACGUCGAGUUCAUCGAGAUGCUGGCCAGGGGUGAAUUCAAGAAAGACCGGCCUGUGAAGGAACUCCAUAUUCUAUGUGUACCUGGAUCCGAGAAACCGGGCAGCAUGAGCUCGUUCCCGCCUGGAUUUGAACUGUCGUCAACCACAAUUUUGGAUGUCGACGACCUUGAUAAGAAUAAAGAAAGGUUCGAGGCAUUUCCCAACCUUGAGCUUCUCAACAUCAGAUUCGUUCAUCAUCAGCACCGCUACGAGAACGGCUCGCUCACUUUGAGAGCCUUCUUGCAUGCAGUUGGCUGCCCUAAGGUCUUGGAAUUGGAAGGCCAUAAACUGCCGUUCAAUGUACUCGACACCGGCGUCACACACGACAGACUUACCCACCUCAAGGUGCGCGAGUAUGACCCGCGGUCUAGGUCUAGGACAUUACAAAGUGAAAGCCUCUUAUCAGGACUCAAUUCGUGGUGGGGCGGCAAUUCAUCUCUGGUGCCUAACCUGGCCAGGAUUGAUUUGGAUCACUACAUGUUCCAACGCGAGUAUCUCUCUGAUGAAGACAAAACAGUCUGGAAGGUUGUUGGAGAGGACGAGUGGGAGGACGACUCGAAUAACGGGUUUGACUACGACGACGACGACGACGACGACCAGAGUGAUAUGGAUGAGGAAGAGGUCAUUCGUCAUGUCCACGAUAAUGUCUACUAUAACCCGCAAGAGGAUCAGUAUUUUGAGGCUGGGUAUUCGACCCUUAUGGCGGCUUUACAAGAGAUGGGUAUUCAGUAA